CGUGGAUGGGAUUUGGCUGUAGACCAGUGGCCCCAGGUGGCCCAUGGCUCAUGUCACCCCCCAGGACGAGGAUGGUCACACCCUGUCGGACGGGGACAUCGCGGCUGAGGCCGACACCUUCAUGUUUGAGGGCCACGACACCACGGCCAGUGGCCUGGCAUGGCUCUUCUACAACCUGGCCGGCCACCCUGAGCACCAGGAGCGGUGCCGCCAGGAGGUCCAGCAGCUCCUGGCCGGCCGGGACACUGCGGACAUUGAAUGGGAGGACCUGUCCCGGCUGCCCUUCACCACCAUGUGCAUCAAGGAGAGCCUGCGGCUGCACCCUCCCGUCACCGCCGUGUCCCGGCGCUGCACCCAGGACGUCCCCCUGCGUGACGGCCGUGUCAUCCCCAAGGGGGUCAUCUGCCUGAUGAGCAUCUACGGGACCCACCACAACCCAGAGCUCUGGCCCGAGCCCGAGGUGUUCAACCCCCUGAGGUUCAGCCCGGAGAACAGCAAGGGACGGCCCCCGGCAUCCUUCAUCCCCUUCUCUUCUGGCCCCAGGAACUGCAUCGGGCAGAGCUUUGCCAUGGCCGAGAUGAAGGUGGUGGUGGCAUUGACGCUGUCCCGCUUCGUGCUGCGGAGGGACGCGGCGAGGCCGCCCCCGCGCCGCAAGCCGGAGCUGAUCCUGCGUGCCGAGGACGGGCUCUGGCUGCUGCUGGAGCCGCUGGCGGGAGUGGCCUGAGGGACACGGGUCACCAGGACAUGGGGACAGCCCGCCAGGCGGGUGUCACAGCCGGGGGAGGAGCUGGGAAUAAACGGUAGCAUGAAGGCGA